GCCGCCUCGGUCUACUACGACUCACGUACCCCUGGACACUGAAGCACCGGGAACCAUUAACCGGACGCAUACUACACAGAUGUUGCGAGUCCUGAUACUCUUUACCCUUCUCGCCUCCAGUUUGUGUGACGAUACCGACAGGUCUAGAAAUGUUUUGGUCUUGAUGGAAAAUACGUGGGUUAAGGAAACACAUUCGAAGUUCCUUAAGCUUUUCACAGACCGUGGCUAUAACUUGGCUAUACGACUUGCGGACGAUGCAACUAAUACGCUGAUGCAAUACGGAGAGUAUACUUACGGACACUUGGUCCUACUUUCGCCCUCCGUGUCUGGUGGGUUUUUGUCUUCCUUAUUUCCGGACAGAGUUUGGCGGCACUUUGGAUGUUAAGAGUAUAGUGAAAUUCUUAGAUGAGGGAGGGAAUCUAAUAGUCGCUGCAAGUUCUGAAAUCGGAGAGGCUAUGCGCACACUUGGUAGUGAAUGCGGUAUUGAAUUCGAUGAUGAGAAAGCCUCCGUCAUCGAUCACCACAACUAUGACGCCAAGGAUGACGGAACGCAUACCUACCUAGUGGUGCCUCCACAUAAUCUCAUCAACGUUUCCGUGAUUACCGGUCAUAGUGGCCAUGCACCGUUCCUUUAUCGCGGUGUUGGUAUGUCGGCAAACACUGCUAAUCCAUUGCUUAUCAAUAUUCUUCAUGCUGGACCUACAUCUUAUAGUUAUAAUCCGUUAAAGCCUUUGAGCGACUAUCCAAAUACCGUCGGCAACAACACGCAGUUGAUCGUUGCCCUCCAAGCACGUAACAAUGCCCGGGCUCUUUUCUUUGGCUCUCUGGAUUUCCUCUCUGAUGACUUUCUGACCAAUAAUGUAGAAAAAUUUGAUUCAACCGUCCGAGCUCCUACAUCGGGAAAUCUGAACUUACUACGAAACCUCAUCCCAUGGGUCCUCGGAGAGCAUGGCCAACUUCGAGUCGUGUCCGUGGAGCACCACAGGAAAGGCGAAAGUAUCCCACCCAGCCAGUACACCAUAAUGGAAGAUGUAUACUACGCAAUCAAAAUCGAAACUAAGAAUGAAUUCAAUCAAUGGGUCCCUUAUCAGGCUGACGAUGUACAGUUGGAAUUUGUUCGUAUCGAUCCAUUCAUCCGACGUACCAUGAAAUACACAGAUGGAAAACACAGCACUGAAUUAAGACUACCGGACGUGUACGGUGUGUUCAAGUUCGUCGUGGAUUACCAUCGCCUCGGAUAUACGCAUCUGACAAGUGUGACUCAGGUACCCGUGCGGCCAUUCACCCACACGCAAUACGAACGAUUCAUUGAAGCUGCAUAUCCCUACUACUUCAGUGCCAUUUCUAUGCUCAUCGGCGUUGUCAUUUUCAGCUUUGUAUUCCUGUACUAUAAGGAUGACAAAGAAAAAGCAGAAUAGGCCCAGCAACAAGUGUUUAUCAUUUUUUCUCAUGGAUUGGUUACUUUUAUGCAGUUUUUAAACAAGCAUUUCUUUGGUA